AUGUCUGCUGCUCGACAAUUACUAGAGACCGUGGCAGGCUUACAUGAAGCUGGAAUCCGACAUCGCGAUUUGAAUGCAAGGAAUUGCAUGUGGGGAAUGGCUCCUAUCGAUGGUCUUGACAGAAGCACUAUGAGUUACUCGAGGAUACCAUUUGUCGAUCUCUGGAAAAAGGGCGAGCUUGUGAGCCCUAUAAGAGACCCUGGAGACCUUCGCUCGGAUGAAUUCUAUGUCUGUGAUUUUGGUUUAGCAAAGAAAAUUGGCGCCAUCACUCAACGUGGCUAG